AUGUCUGUUAUCUCAAAGAUUGUUGUUGAUACUAUCUGCAUUUCCAAGUCCAACAACUCUUACACUAUGUUGUCGGCAGGAGAUGACCUGCCUAUAUCAAGACUGAUGACUGAGAUAUCCAUGUAUAUCUUUUUUUGGGUCUUCAUCGCCAAUGAGCAGGCUGAAUGCCACGACACCCCUUGGAUUCUCUCCCAAGUUUGUCAAAGAUGGAGAGGCAUAGCACUAUCAUAUCCUAAAUUGUGGUCUUGGAUUGACAUCGAAGAGCCAUGGACUUUCAACUUUUCAGGUUGCGUUCAUCAGCUGGAAGUAUCCCUUCUUCGAUCCCAAUCCUACCCUCUCAGGAUCAAGUACUACGAAAGUGGUGACCUGAAUGCACAUCUAUGGGAUGUGCUCUUGGAUCAUUGUGAUCACUGGCACAUUGUCGGAGUCUACUGUUCCACAACAGACUUCACUUGUCGUCUGCCCAAGCCACAGAGACACCCUCUCCCUUUGCUGGAGCAAUUUCACCUUUCUCGAUCUUUCCUUGAUCCAUUUGGCACCGAUUUUGAACUCGAUGAGGAUGUCCUGGACGUACUUACUACUGCUCCCCGUCUGCACGAUAUCCACGUGACUGGCUUUCGAUCCCCAUCCUCCUUGAAUCUCCCUUGGUUUCAACUGACUAAACUUGAUCUCAAGUGUGGAUCCGCUGAAAAUGACAUCAGUAUUUUGCGCAAGGCCCCCAACUUGCAACAGCUAUUUCUCACCCAUCAUAUGUAUAAUCUCAGCCUACCUGCCCCCAUCGUUCAUACAUCAUUACACGAACUGCAUGCACCUCAUGCCUACGCGCUGUCACAUUUCACCUUUCCUGCACUCAAGAGAUUAUGGAUCCCGAUUACUGUAGGCAGCACUGCAUCGCCUACCCCAAUUAUCCACAAGUUCAUUGUACGCUCGCAGUGCACUUUACAGAAUUUGGAUUUGGGUGGCAUUGAUAUGGACCAGUCUCUCAUCAAUUUGCUAAAGGAUACGCCUACGGUCGAGGUCUUGAACCUCUAUUUUGGGCAUCUCACGCUAAAUGCAUUUGAAACCUUCAGCAAAUCACUCACUUAUCCAGAUGCGGAUAAGCCCAUCUCCGACGUGCUGCUCCCUCAUCUGGAGAAUCUGUAUAUGGACAUACACUUUGACCUACCUAUGACCCAUGCAUUCACAGCGAUGGUGCGGUCAAGAUGGUAUGUCGACCAGAAGCGUGCCACACGACUACGUGGACUGUUUUGUGCAGCCUUCACUGAGGCGUCUUCUGAUGAUGUCGAAUUGUUGACACAAAUAAUUGAGGAAGGAUUGGAGUCCUGUAUUGUCGUGAGCGGGAGAGCUGUAAUCUGGAACCAUGAUCUCUGA